AUUAUUUAUUUAUUUAUAAAUAAAACAAAUCACGAACUCUUUUAUUAAAGGCGGCCCCGUCAGUGUAGUGCAGACAAGGAAGCUGCGAAUCCGAGGCUAACUUCACCAAACUUUCCCAUCUUCCGUCCUUCGGUUGGGAAUCGCGAACGCGCGGGUCCUAAAGUCGGAUCGUUUGCUAAACGAGUUUCUUCUGAGAGAGAAGAUGUCUCUGAAAGGAACUGCUCCGUCUUCCUCCAUCAUCCCCCUGCGCUCUGACGAACAUCAGCAGAGUAUUUUGAGCAAAUUCGACAAGCUACGGAAAAAAGACCUGCUUUGCGAUGUAACUCUAGUGGUAGAGGACGUACACUUCAAGGCUCACAAGGCUCUGCUGGCAGCCAGCAGCGAGUACUUCUCCCUCAUGUUCACAACAGAGCAGCCGGUCCCACCGUCCACCUACAGGCUGGACAACAUGGCGGCGAAGACUUUCGGCGCGGUGCUGGAGUUCAUCUACAGCGCCCAGGUGUGUGUGGAGGAGAGCUCCACGGAGGAGCUCCUGGCCACGGCUCAGAGGGUAAAGGUCAGCGAGCUCGUCCACGUUCUCGCUGAGCUCACAGACUCCGCAGGCAUGAGGGACGAGAAGACGUCAGACAGAACCGAGGGAGCGGACCUGUCGAAACGCAAACGAGGGCGGCCAAAGAAAAACGCAUGUGUACUCCGUGACGGCUCAGAUGAUGUCCAGGCCGCAGAGGGUGACCCUGCCGAAGACCACAACACCGGUUCUGGCCAGAGGCGUCAAAGCAAACGCAAGAUAAGGACGCCGGUUAAAUAUAAGGGCUACAGGAUCAGCGGUGACGGAGCAGGAAGCAAAGAGCCGGGGAGGAGGGGCUACAAGAGGAAGUACCCCAACACUGAGGCGCGAUGCGACGACUGCGGGAAAGUCUUCAAGCACCAUCUGUUUUUAAAGAUCCAUCAAAGGACUCACACCGGAGAGAAACCAUUCCACUGCUCGGUCUGUGGGAGGAGCUUCACUCAGAAGCACACCUUGCUGGCUCACCAACGCGUUCACACGGGGGAGAAGCCGUUUGUUUGCGGCAUCUGCUCAAAACCGCUUUCCACCAAACACUCCCUGCAGGAGCACAUGAACCUCCACGAAGAGGAGAAAUCCUACGACUGCGAUAAAUGUGAAAAGACAUUCACUCAAAAGAAACAACUGAAAAGCCACUACAGAGUUCACACAGGCAAAUCAUUACCAGAAUGUGAUCUGUGUCAACACAAGUUUAUGGAUGCAGCUCAGCUGAAGAAGCACAUUAGAACUCACACAGGUGAGAAACCUUUCACUUGUGAAAUCUGUGGCAAAUGUUUCACAGCCAAGAGCACGCUGCAGACACACAUCAGGAUUCACAGAGGUGAGAAGCCAUAUAAAUGUAGCAUCUGUGAGAAGUCUUUCUCAGACCCCAGCGCGAGGCGACGCCACAUCGCCUCCCACUCUGGGAAGAAACCCUUCACCUGCUCCUUCUGUGGCCUUUCCUUUACCCGGCCGGACAACCUGAAAACACACACAAAGUCUCACAACAAGGAGAGACCUGCCGCCACAGCGACCGAGGCCUCGCCAGCCGCGCCACCGGAGGAGCCGCGCAGCGUCCUCCAUCUGCAGCCGUACCAGCCGGCGCUCAGCUCUGAGCAGGAGAUCCAGCUGGUGGUGGCUGGUGGGGUGAACAACAUUAACUUCAUUCCGGGUCAGGAUCAGGAGAUCAACCUGGUCGCCGCCGAUGGAGAAAUGGCACAUUCGACCCACUCCAAGGUCACCCUCCUCGCCCAGCCGGCGGGGCAGAUCCAGAACCUGGCGCUGGUCGCUCAGGGAGACGCCGCGGCCCACGCCCCGCAGGCUCACUCCAUUAGCAUGUUGGAGAGCCAUCAGCCGAAGCAGAUGCACGUCAUCACCCUGAGUAAAGAAGCCAUUGACCAGCUGCAGGCCCACCACGGCCCGCCGCAUCCUCUGCAGGUAGCGCGCCCUCUCCAAGUGAUGCAGCAGCCGCAGCAGCUGGCUGUGGCGCCUGAGAGCUUGCAGGUUCACAGCCAGGCCAUCCACAUCAACAGCCAGGUCAGCCAGCCGAUCUCCAUCAGCCAGACCAGCGAGCAGAUCUCCAGCCACCACAUCCAGGGGCAGACGUUCCAGAUCCAGGCGGGAACCGUGUCGUACCUGUACACCACCGGCCUUCCCCAGGACGGCUCAGAGGAAUGCAUUCUGCAAACUAAGAUGUGACGGUGCUAACACCAAACCGAUGCUGCUGUUGUGUUUGUCGUUAUGGAUGGAGACGGAUCAGAAAGUUAGCCAGUACUCGGAACAAAAACGAAUUGGAGGAUUUUAAGCAUAAAACAAAACAUUUUACCUGUUUAGCUCAUUGAUAAUAAUAAUGGGGAGACCUUCUUACACUGAAAGAAUGGAGACACCUAACCCUAAUUAAUGAGCAGAUUACCACAGGGCAUCCCCACACCCUUAAAAAGUCUUAAAUUGAUGUAUCUAAAAUGAAGGCCUUAAAAAUUUCUUAAAUUUAUUGAAAAACAAUAAACUGUGAUGAAAUACAUUCAUCAACGUCUUAAAUUUUAUGGUGGCAGAACAAUUUAUCUCAUAUAUACCGUGGAGUAUAUUUUUGUCUGCCAGGACUUUAUUGUUGCGUAAAGAUGAGUCUUGUAGACAUUUCAUUGCAUGUCUUCUGUGACUCAGGCUAGCUGCUAAUAUACCCUUGCUAGCUACUACGUUGCUAGCUAGCUAGCUGUAGUAUCAGUACAGGAUCCCCAUUGUCAAGGGAUUGCUAGGUAGCUACUAGUUCCUAGCUAGCGAGCAAGGGUGAAGCUAUCUAGGUUUUUAACAUCCAUCGUGGGGAAGAGCUGGACGAUGUUCAUCUUAGCCAUUGACUCACUUCUGUUCCUAACCGAUAUUGUUUAUUUAUUUGUGUUUUUAUUUUGUACAUUUCUGUUUUGAAUCAAGUCUUAUAUUCCAUUCAUAAUGGUUUUUAAAAUGUCUUUAAAAGUCUUAAAUGUGAGUUGGUGAAACCUGCAGAAACCAUGUAUAAGCUUUGUAUCAUUUGACCUACUUCCCUGACAGUCACAUUUUGGAUAGAAAAUGAAAUGAUCAAUUUGGCUAAUGAUCCUAAAUAUUUUCUUUUUUUUCUUUAAAGUUGUGAUUAUGCAGAUGUUUUAAAAGAUAAAGGGAUCCAUUUUGUUCUCAUUUGGAUAUACUGUCAAGGGCUUGUUCUUGGUUUGCUCAUUAUAUGCAGACGCUGUCAUUUUCUCAGUUGUAAACAUGCAACUAACAGAUAAACUAAAGAGUACAAUGGUAGAACUCAGCGAGCAUAAAUCCUGUAUGGAAAAAUCUUUAUUUGUAAGAAAUAAUCGGAUGUGAUUUGAAAGACGACACGAAAGUCUUCAUAGGAAAAUAGUGAUGCUGUAAAUUAAUAAAUAUAAACAUUGAAAUGUUUAUAUUAAAAAUGAAUAGUAAUGAAAUGAACAAUGAAAUGAAAGUAAAAUCUUUGUACAGUGCCUUACAAAAUAAUUCAUGAUCUUUUUCUGUCUUUUCUUUUUACAUUAUAACCACAAUCGUCAUUCUAUUUAUUGGGUUUUAUGUCAUUGACCAACCAAAAGUGGUGCAUAAUUGUAAAGUGAAAGAGAAUUCUUUUUUUUAACUAAUACAAUUCUGAAAAGUG